UGAUGUUAUAUUUAUUGAACGGCUCAGACGCAAUAUGUCAAACAACUGAUAACGCUCGUCCCUAUUGGUUGAUAUCGCGCAUAUUACAUCUACAUUUGUAUAGGAUAUCUAUUCUAUGUUAGCGCAAGAGAGCAAUAUGUACUAGUAAAGUCGAGCUUUUAUUUUGAAGGUAUAGAAGCCCUUCCGCAUUCGGGGCGGUCCCAUCAGCACGAGUAGCAAGUACAGUUGGGAGUAGAUGGUUCUGCACUAUCACGUCACGAAACUACGAAAACAAACGCCUCAUGACCGUAUCAGGUACAAUUUGCCUCCAAGCUCCAAAAGGUAACUCUCGGGUAUGGCAUCGAUGGAGCAAAAUGGGGGUCUACAAAUGGGUGACUACGAGGGAGACAAAUUUAGGCUACACAUGGUAACAUGGAAUGUAGCCACAGCUGACCCCCCAGCUGACAUGAGCUCACUUCUCCAUUUGGAUUCUCCAAAGGCUGCAGACUUCUAUGUCAUUGGCCUGCAGGAGGUGUAUUCUGGACCUCUGAGAUUCAUGUCGGAUGUUGUAUUCGAUGACCCUUGGAGCUAUGUGCUUAUGAGCGCUUUAGCACCAAGACGAUAUGUGAAGGUGACCUCUAUCAGAAUGCAAGGUCUGUUGCUGCUACUCUUCUCCAAACUGGAGCAUGUUCCAUUCAUUCGCGAUAUCAAGGCCACAUAUACACGCACAGGCAUCUUUGGCUAUUGGGGUAACAAAGGUGGCGUGUCCAUUCGUCUGUCUCUCUAUGGUCACAUGCUCUGUUUCCUCAACUGUCACCUGGCGGCACAUAUGAAAAAUGCAGCCGAUCGAGUGGUCGAGUUCCAGCAUAUUACUGACACGCAGUCUUUCAACUGUGAAAAGGCUGAGAGAAUACUUGAUCACAGGCUAGUCUUCUGGUUUGGUGAUCUCAACUUUCGAAUUCAGGACCAUGGGAUGCACUUUGUCCGAACAUGUAUCAGCAAUCAAAACUACAGCUUGCUGUGGAGUAAAGACCAGCUGAUUUUGAUGAAGCAAAAAGAGAAGUUGCUACAAGAGUUUGAGGAAGGACCCCUCGACUUUCAGCCCACGUACAAGUUUGACGUGAACACUGAUACAUAUGACAGCAGGCUCUACAGGACAUGGUUUGCCUUUAACACUAAGAAGCGCAAACCUGCCUGGACAGACAGAAUUCUGUGGCGCCUCAGACCAAAGCAGACUGGCGGGCAACACAAAUACGGUGACGGACCGGACAUAAAAGACACCAAGCAGCUAGAAGAAGCUGAAGACUACCCUUUAGAGAUCAGACAGGACUUGUACACAAGCAACAUGGAGUACAGCAUCAGUGACCACAAACCUGUGACCGGUAUCUUCACAAUAAAGCUAAAGAAGAUGUACACGACACCACUGGUGCACCUCCAGGCUGAAGGCGAAUGGAGUGCAGACAUGGACGCCAUGCUGCUUUACAGCCCACUGCAGCCGUUCCCUUCCAGUACUUGGGACUGGAUUGGAUUGUAUCAGGUUGGAUUUACUAGCGUGUCAGACUACAUCACGUACACGUGGGUCAAAGACGAUGAAGUGUCUUUCAAUGAAGACGCCAUUAAGGUGUACGUGAGUAAAGAGGAGAUCCCAGUACGAGGCGGAGAUUGCAUGCUGGGCUACUACUGUAAUUCCCUGCAAUGCAUUAUUGGAAUCAGUGAACCAUUCAAGGUCCAUGAGUCCAAGGUGGUCAUUGAAGAGGGUUUACUGCAUGAGAAGACCAUCAGUUUGGAUCAAAUUGUAGCAAACAAGAACAUUUAUAACUGAGAUCUGAUUUUUUUUUUUUUUUUACUGUGGUGUACCAGAAUCUCCAAAAUAUU